AUGGCUCGCAGAGUUGUUGAACCUAACUGUGACCUAAAGACACAGUCUGCAAGAUAUAUGUUGGUGAGAAAGUUCGGCUUUGAUGAGUCGAUGUCGGUGUCGCUUUGUCGAAAAUCAGUCUUGAAGGUGUUUUCGACAGCAACGGCUUUCUACAUCCCUCUUAUAGCAAUUAUAGUGGUGUACUGGAAAAUUUUAAGGGCUGCAAAGAAGAGAUUUAAACGUGAACGUGAUCGCCGCACCGUAAUACGCCCUCCUCCUGAACAAUCUAAUACAACCAGUGAAAAAUUGGCACCGCUCAUUUUGAAGAAGAACAAGAAGAGUAUUGGAGAUUCAUCUACGUCAACGCAAUCUGAAGAAGAUCGUACAAUCUCCCAUAAUCAACCAGAGCAAGAAACAAAACUGGAUGAUCAUGCCAAUCACCAAGGGAACGGUAAAUUACUACGGCCGAUGAUUAUAAGGAAAAAGAGGCGAUCAAAGGAAACAGCCGAGAAUAAACGAGAACGGAAAGCUUGGCGCACUUUGGCGAUAAUAACGGGUACCUUUGUGGCAUGUUGGACGCCAUUCUUCCUAGUAUCUCUGUACAGGCCAAUUUGCCGAUGUACAAUACCGCGUCCCGUGGAGACAGUGACUGCUUGGCUUGGUUAUCUCAAUUCGGCGCUCAAUCCGAUUAUCUACACGGUAUUCUCCCAAGAUUUCCGGGCUGCUUUCAAGAAGAUCAUCAGACGUCUGUGCUUACUCAAGGAAUAUUAG